GAUGUUUUCGUUUAAAUGUCAAUCCAUACAAACCAAGUGCAAAUUCAUGGACUAUAAAAGAAGAAAAAAAACUUGGACAUAAUCUCAUGACCAAAAAUCUUCUCCAAUGAAUGCUUCAAAUCUAUCAUUGUUGAUCAUCAGUGCACUAAUUGUCUCGGUUAAUUUAGCCUAUGAUAGUUCGAAAAAUGUGUUUAAAUCCCAAAAUGACCUCUCAAAAUCCAAAAUCAUCCAACUGAAAGGAGCAGUUGGACCAGAGAGUGUCGCUUUCGAUCCAAAGGGCCAAGGCCCGUACGUAGGAGUUGCCGAUGGACGAAUUCUCAAAUGGCGAGGAUCAUUUUGGGUUAAUUUUGCAGUCACCUCUUCUAAUAGGAAGAAUUGUAGCAUGCCUUCUGCUCCUGAAUUGGAGCAUGUAUGUGGAAGACCAUUAGGCUUACGAUUCGAUACCAAGACAGGGGAACUAUACAUUGCUGAUGCCUAUCUUGGGCUCCAAGUUGUAGGACCAAAAGGAGGAUUAGCUACCCCGUUAAUCCAAAAAUUCAAAGGUAAGCCACUGGUCUUCACAAAUGACGUUGAUAUUGAUGAUCAUGACGAUGUGAUUUACUUCACGGAUACAAGCACAAAGUACCAGCGAAGGAAUUAUCUAGACUCUUUUUCAAGUGGAGAUAAGACUGGCAUGCUAAUGAAAUAUGUUAAAUCAACAAAAAAAGUAACAGUUUUAUUAAGAGGCCUUGCUUUUGCAAAUGGUGUAGCUUUGAGUAAAAACCGGUCCUUCGUGCUAGUGGCUGAAACUACUAAUUUUAGAAUUUUAAGGUAUUGGCUUAAAGGCCCCCUUGUGGGAACACAUGAUACGUUUGCUGAGUUGCCGGGAAUGCCCGACAACAUCAGAACAAAUUCCAAAGGGGAAUUUUGGAUCGCCCUGCAAGCAAUAACAUCACAAUCGAGUAUUUCAGAUUCAAAUUUGGGAAAGCUCCCAUUGACCGUGCAGCAACUGUACAAAGCGCAGCUGCGCCCUACGGCAAUGAAGUUAAGUGAGGACGGGGGCAUUUUAGAGGUUCUAGAAGAUUCUAAAAGCGAGACAUUGAGGUCUAUCAGUCAAGCUGAGGAGAAAGAUGGCAAGCUGUGGAUUGGUUCUGUUGUGUUGUCCUUUUUGAGAGUUUGCAGAUUAUGAAUUUAAGUAAAGAAUAUAUCAACUAUCUAGGGACCGCGUUCUAACAGUAAUUUAAGUCCGCGUUCUACCAGUAAUUUAAGUAAAAGCCAUGCCAAGUUAUGUCAAUUUCAAGAUUCUAAUAUGAUGAUUUCACGCUGUUGUUUUUACUCCGCUAAAUGUUCCUUCUUUUCCAUUUGGUAGUUCAUUAAGGGAUGGCGUUGUAACUCCAUGUUGCUGUUCGUUUUCUAUGGAGGUCGGG